AUGAUAAACAUAUAUGAUUUUGUCCAAAGAAACGAUAAAGAAACCUUUAAAAAAUGCUGCUCUGAAGUAAGUGUCAUCUUGGAAAGCCAUACUAGUAAAUUAGUUGAGCUGAGAGAAACUUUAUACAACUGUAUUAAGUAAUAAUGUAAAAAAUUGGAAGACAGUUAACUUGAAGAGGAUAUCUUACUUUUAGAAGACCUUAUUAAAGUAUGUAAAUCCUCUCAUAAAAAAAGUGUUUUCCUUUGUACGAUCUGCACUUUUGAACAAUACAAAUAAGAAUUCAAUAAAAUUGAUAAAGUCAUUUAAACAAACUUAAGAAAAAUGAGUACUACAUAAAUGAGAUCUUUUUCAACAAACAUGAAAAUGUAUGAUAACGUCAUAAAUAAGAGGAAUAUGUUAUACAAUUUUUAUAAUUCUUUUGAUGAUUUAGAUUCUCCUGUUAAAAUAAAAGCUGAAGUUUUUACAUUCUGA